UUUUCGAUCCACCAAUGUAGUAGCUAAAGGGCUUGACUUCUGUCUCUUGGUUAUCUUGUUACAAAUUCUUUGAAUUAGAAACACAGACCAAAGACGUACAUUUGAAGGACAACUUUCCUUGAAGGAUGUUGUAAUAUUCCUAAGAGUCAUUCACCUAAAAUAAGAAAAGAAAGAAAGAGAAUCAUAGCCAUGAAGUCUUUUCUGUGUUAUUUGCUGUUUAUCGCCUUAUUUUCAUCUAGUAAAGCGGUCGAUUUUUACAUCGAUUCUAUUGGUGGAAGGUCAUGUGACCAGGUUUGUCAUCAGUACCACAAGAUCUGCACAGGAACUGGACACGGCUUCUCCCCAGUUUCCGCUCGUCCAGUUUUUCAUCGGUUAGGAAUAUCGUGUGGGCCUGAGAACGAGACGGACCAUUACGCAUCAAGUGACAGUCCUGGAUAUGUUCAACUGGAAGGAGAAUCCUAUGAUUUGUGCUUUGGCUUCAAAGGAAUUCCAGAUCAAAUUGAUUGCUCUGCUGCUGGUGGUAACCUGGAUGUAAAAAGGUUAUGCCCUUGCGUUCAAGGCGAUUUUGUCCAGUUUCAAAACAUCCCUACCCUCGAAGGCUGCACAAACGUUGAACAUUUUUCAAUCGAUGACAAGAUGUACUUAGCCUUCAGCAGAACGCGUGCAUAUCGAGUUUAUCGAGCUGGAACGCAGAUAUUCAGGCUAGAAGGAAAUACAUUUGUACUACAUCAAACGCUGAAGUCAACAUACAAUGGUCCUGAACAGGCAAAGUAUUUUCACAUUGAUGGUCGCCAUUAUAUGGCUAUUCCCUACCUCAAGUCCUCCAAGACAGUCAUCUUUGAAUGGUAUAAGAAUUACUUUCAAAGUUACCAAGAACUGGAGUGUGGUUUUGCAGCCUUAUCGAGUACAUUCUUCGAGAUUAACUCGUCAAAGUACCUCGCGAUUUAUGGCUAUAAUAUUUUGUACCUUUACAAGUGGAAUGGAAUUGAUUUUAUUAAAGUUCACACCUUAAGAAUAACAAAAGCCUUCAUUACCGAAUGUAAAACAUUUCAGCCUCGUAAUGAUACCUACCUGAUAUGCGCAGUAUGGGGUGGUCUGGAGAAAUCGCUGGUGUUCAAGUGGACUGGGACAAGGUUCGUUUAUCACCAGGAAAUCUUUGGUAUUGAGUACGCGUCAUCUGCAGAGUUGAUCCAAUUGGAUAAUCAAACAAAUGCUUUGGUUUUUGCUCAAAGACAGCAUGGGUCAGGUCCCGACAUGUUAAACGUCAACUCGCCAGUCUACAUCUGGAAUACCACGAAAUCUAUGUUUCAGAUUGAUCGCGCCUUGUCUUUUCCCACACAAGGCGCGUCGGCAUGUAGAUCCUUUAGGAUCGGCGUAGAUCUUUACCUCAUCGUUGCCCAGUCUGGUGCUAAAGAAUCAAUAAUCUACGGAUAUAGAGGAGGACGCUUUGUUGUCUAUCAAAGACUAAAAGCUGCCUUUGCUGAUGAUGCUACUGUCUUUACAUACAAGAGGAUGCAUUAUAUUGCACUGGCCACAAAGAACAUGAAAUCUUCGCCUGUAUUUAUUUGGAACUAAACUUUUAGUGACGUAUACACAUUUGGUCGGUUUUAAGACAGUUUUCUUUUCGCUUUAUUGAAAAAUGGCGCCCCCCUAAAGCAGCCCCAUCAUGCAACACGGGUCCUUGCGCAACCUUGGAAAGGCCAAUAAGCCAGUUUGUAGUUUAAGAAUCGUUUUUAGUGCGAAUGCGAUUUUAUCCCGAAUUUCUCAACUUCUUUUGUUUAGUUAAGAACAGAGAAGGUUUAAAUAAAAGGUGGGAAAUUCGGGAUAAAAUUGCAUACGCACUGAAUUAAAACCAACUGGCUUAUACGAGUGCACUGUGACCUUUGAUAGGGAUCGUGGUUUAUCAAAAAAAAAGAUUAAAUAAAUAGAUAUAGAAGUAAUAAAGAUAUUUUCAAUAUCAAAUAUUAUUUUGAAAAUUAUUAAUGUGUGGUUGACAAAUAACGAAGAUGAAAAACUGUAUUUAGUUUUGAAACAUUAAAUGGAUUGGUGUAAAACUUUAA